AUGAUUUCAAUUCGUAGCAAUAGUUCAACAGGUACUACAACGGGUUCAACUACAACAACGACUCCUAUACCACCAGCACAACAAAAAAAAAUUGAUGCUGCAUUCGCUUUGUUGAUUGUGAGUGCAACUGGUGCCCUUCUAUCAGCAGUAGCAUUCGUUGAAUUGUCAGAACGAACAGCCCAGACAGUAUGGUGGGCGUAUGAACCUAUUGUUGAUGCGAACCCAUCUUUUAGUGAACCACCACUAUCUCCUAAACAUAAACGAUUUGUUCCAUAUGUACUGAUUGAAAAAUUUCGAACGGCUGCAAUUGGUAACCAAAAAUGCAAAAACGGUAAUGGAUGUAAAGAACGAGAAUUGGAACACAUUGUCAUUUUCCAUUCAGCCGACUUUCGACCACAACCGAGAUGGUCGCCCGACUAUCCGAUCUAUAUUGGUUUUCAUCGCACACGAGCAGAUUUUGCAAUUUCGAUCGCUCAUAGUGAUAUGAAUAUUAGUCAGACUCCUCCACAAAUGUUAGGAUUUGGUAUUUAUUUUGCUCGUUCGAUCACAAAUACUGAAGGAAAAGCAAGAGAAGCUGGUGCAUACAUUUGUGCAGAAGUUCGUAUGGGAAAGGUUCUGAUGCUCACCAGAUCUGAAUUGCAUAUAGUCAGCAACAAAAAUUCGUGGUGGUUGGAGUAUGAUACCGUCUAUUUAAAACAUGAGCAAGAAGAAAGAGAUGAAUUUUGUGUCAAAAGUUCAAAUCAAGUUCUCAAAUGGAUUAUAUAUAUUGAAGCAGAAAAGGACAAAAAAUUGGCACUGUACGGAAUGGACGUGGAGUUUAACGAUACACAAUGUUAUUGUGUCUGAAACAUAUUUAUAUAUUUAUAAGCGAGACUUUGCGUGUGUGUGUGGGCGUAAUGAUUCUCAUGCUGGAUGCUGGCAUUGACAAGUCAAUCUUUCUUUCCUCAUCUAUUUGCAUUGCAAUCACUAUCGAGAAAAUUCCUAACAGAUUUGAUUAAUGUUUUUAAAAUGUGCAGUACUUUGUUCAUAAAACGAAAAAAAAUAAUAAAAUAUUUUAAUCAAACGUAUUGUAUCUAUGAUUGAGAAGAUUUACCAAACACACCCUACAUUAGGAAAAAUAAUACGAAAUAAAUAGUAAAACUGGCGAACAAAAUCAUUCUCUAACCUUAUCAUCAAGUAGAAAUAUGUUAUAAUGGUCUAUUUGUUUCUUGUAAAAAAAAUUCAAUCAUUUGAAAUUUGAUGUAGAUAUGAAAAGAAAAAUAUUUUAAGAAAUAUAUGAUUUGUUUGAAUUUUUCAUCAACAAUAGAUCAGUCAACCAAUCAAUCACUAUUGUCGACCGCUUUUAAAAAGAAAACUUUCCUAUGCUAUCACCCAUACAGAUGCUUUGAGGGUGUGGGUGUGAAUGUUGGGAAAAGGGAACCUUCACCCCACUCAGUUUAUUGAUAUGAAAAAUUAAGACUUAGAGAACUCUUAAUCCCAGAUUUGCAAUUUUUAAGACGAAGAGUUUGUUUGACGCGUGUGUCGGAAGAUUUAGUCUUUUUCAAAAUAUCUCAAAAAUUAAACAAAUUAUUUAUAAAAUAUGAAAAAAGUAUCAAACAAAAAAGAGAACACUAAAUUAAGUAAAAAUUGUAAGUUACGUAGUGUAGAAGUAACCGUAAUGAAAGAGAGAACAUCGAGUCACACUUAGAGAAGUGUUUAUACAGCUGAAUUCUAGAUUAUUAAGUGACUUGUAUAUGAUUUUUAUGUUGUACAUAAGCAUUAAGAAAAAGAAAAAACAAUGAACAUAAAAGUAAAUGAAAUUGAAAAAGUCAGUUAUUGUGAUGUAUAGUCGAAGAAAAAAUGAAGAUAGAACGACAAGAAAAAAUAAUAAUACUAAUAUUAUGUAGCGAAGAAUGACUAUAUGAUUGAAUAUAAGAUGAAUCAGCUAUCUGUAUAUUAGUGGCGUAACCAGGGUAGGGCCAGAUUGGGCUGAGCCCAACCACCGGCUAUUUAAAAAAAAGUUAAUUGUUUUUUAAAAAGAUCAAUCAGCAAAAUGCUAGACAUUCAUAUUUUCUUUGUUUUCGUUUGUGACGAUGGAAAUGUUUGUGUUGUCAGUCAAUAAGAUUAGACAUAUUCAGACCAAAUAAAAUAUCUCACCGUCAACUCGAAAAAAAUUCAAAAUAUGAUAUUCUGAUGAUGUACACUGAUCGAGAUAUUCGAAUUUUAGAGUAUUUACAACGUAUGUUAAAUUCCAACAAUUCACAGUUUCAGCAAAAAUGAGUAUUGGUGUGGGUGUUGGUGUGGGUGUGGGUGUGAGUGUGGGUGGGUGUAGGGUGGGUGUGGGGUGUGGGUGUUGGUGUGGGUGUGGGUGUGGGUGUGAGUGUGGGUGGGUGUAGGGUGGGUGUGGGUGUGUUUUUGUCUUUUGGAAUGCCUACACCCCCACCUCCACCCCAUCCCCACCCACACACCUCACCCAUAUGCCAUCCACCCACACCUCCACACCCACACCCCACACGCACACCCACACCCCACACGCACACCCACACCCACACCCCACACCUUAUUUCUAUAAGAAUAGUCGAGAAACUUAUUAAUUAAAUGGCACCAGGACAGUCUGAUUUUGUUAAAAGACAUAAAC